UAUUAAAUAAUUUUGAUCCAUAUCAAGAUCUGGGAUAUUAAAUUAUAUUAUAUAUUUACAAUAUCUUAAGCCAAGUAUUGAAUUAAUGCAAUUGCCAGUUUGCUAAGGUAAUCUUACAGCUUUCGUAAUAUUUUUUUAGCUUUAUACUUUUUUUUUCUACCGUCUUUCGGUCUUUAUUUUUAUUAUUAUCGAGUGUUAUUGGAUCUUGCAGAGAUACUACAUGUUAGUAAUAAAAACAAAGUAUUUGGUGGUUUAAAAAAGUGGUAAAAGAAAAAAAACAAAUAUGAGUACGAAUGGGUGGGGACAGGUUUCGGGCCUGAGAAUAUAUAAGCUCGUGGGCGAGACCGAAUUCCGGUUAGUGAGGAUAGUUACUCGAUAUAGAGUAGUGAUUUUAAUUUAAUUAUUUUAUUCUUAUCUAAAAUUAAAUUACUUUUUUUUUACCUGUCAAAGUUUUUUUUUUUUUUAAAUAAAAAAUGAUCGCGUUGUUAUUUUUUUUGGGAGUUUGUGGGGCUUCUAGGAUUCCCAUGGAAUCAAUGAUGGAAAUAAAAUCUAAAUCAUUUGAGGAUUUAGCUAUGGAACCAUCAAAUUUUGUUCAAUCGUCAAUUCAUUCGAUUCAACCCCGUUAUUUUGUUUACAAUUAUUUGCAAGUAGAUCCCCAUAAAUCAUAUCCAGUACUGAGUUAUCCUUAUGGUAAUCCCGGUAAUGCAUACGUAACAUCGUCAUUUAAUUACUACGGAGCGCCUCUUUAUGAUUAUGGAUUCCAAUUAAACCCGGUGUUUACAAAUCUCCAGCCGUUUAUUCCUCAUUACGUUCCACAACAACCGAGUUACGUUCCUCAGCAGCCAAUUUCGACGACUACCCAGCGGCCGUUUAUUGACGACGGGAUUGAAAAACUCGACGAGAAAAUAGAUCCUGAUGUGGAAAUUAAUCCCCCAAUGAGCAAUGAAAAUUCAGAUGACGACUCUGUUGUUGUUGAGUCUAUAUAAUUUUUUUUACCCGCGCAUUUAAUUUAAAAUUUUAUAAUUUCAUAUUGAUAAUUUUUUAUAAUAAAAUAAAUAAUUUAAUUUUACUGUCUUUUAUAAAUUUAUUUA